CCGGCCCCGCAAUCAGAUUCCGCCCUCCUCGCCGACCUCGACGCCCAGCUCCGCGCCUUGAGGGGCCACUUGCUGUCUCAAGCCGACCCGGGCCUCCUCGUCCAGGCCGUGGAUCGCCUGCGCGAUGCGGUCGCCAGAUUCGCCGCCCAGGGCGACGCCAACCGCACGCCCGUGCUCCGACCGCUCGGGGACCUCGCAGACUAUCUCGGUGCCUGGGCUCGCCACGCCGUGCGGGACCUCACCCUUAGCUCGCCAAGGAAGAAGCAGGCGCCUUCCAAGAACAACACCAAUUCAGAUGUGGCCAAGCCUGCUGCUGCUACACGUCCUCAGCCGCAACAACAAAGUGGAAUGCUGCACUUUGACGAGGAUGGCAGUGCAGGAAUGGGCGCUCAGGCGAACCUGGGAGAUGCUCGCUUGGAGAGACUAGUGUUCAAGCACAGGAAUGCUUCUCCCAGGUUUUCCACCGAAUCCGUGCAGUCAUCUUUCCUGGAGAGGACGCUUGAAAUUCGGGACAGGUCCUACAGGUUCAAUAUUGAGCGCCGUGACGGUGGUAGCCAAGUCAGUGAAGCACAGCACAGGGCAGAUGGACGCUUUGCCGACAAUGCUGCCCCUUUGGAUCCUGCGUGUGAUGAAAGUGCCGCUACUGAUUCGGAUGAAAGCGCCGCUACUGAUUUGGAUGGCGAGGAGUUCAGCCGUUAUGUCAAGGAGGCUGCAGAGCUGUUGAGCAAGGCCAAGGUGGCCAUGGCUGAUGAAGAGACUGCAGACGCGCUGCUGUACAAAUCAGCUAGGCUCCUUUCUGCAGCUGUAGCUUUGAGGCCAACAAGUCUGGUAGCUGUGGGUCAGCUUGGGAACACCUACCUGCUCCACGGAGAGCUCAAGCUCAAGAUUAGUCGCGAGCUCAGAACGCUCUUGGCCAGCAGCGGGGCUUUUCUCAAUGGAAGAGAGCGUGUUUCACGGUCCAGGAAGGUAGAUAGCACAAUCUUAAGCACGGACAACAUUUCAUCAGCCCUUGUUGAUGUAUGUGAAGAAUGUGAAAGCCUCCUUGUUGAGGCUGGCAGAAGCUACAGGACUGCCCUUUCGAUAGAUUCGGGUGACGUCAAGGCAUUGUACAACUGGGGGCUGGCACUUAUUUUCCGGGCGCAGUUACUUGCAGAUAUCGGACCGGAAGCAGCAGUUGAUGCUGACCAGGUGUAUCUGGCUGCAAUUGAUAAGUUUGAUGCCAUGCUGUCGAGAAGCAACACUUACGCCCCAGAAGCUCUCUACAGAUGGGGCACCGCACUGCAGCAGCGAUCGCAUCUGCGGCCUCGGAACAACAGGGAGAAGAUAAGGCUUCUGGAGCAGGCAAAGAGCUUGUUCGAAGACGUGCUGUAUGUGGAAGCAGAUAACAAGAUGGUGAGGGAAGCGCUGUCAUCAUGCAUAUCAGAGCUCAACUACCAUGGCCGAUGGCUAUAGCCUGUUGUUUGCUUUGGCAGUGCAGUUGCCUAUAUAUGUGCUCCCUAUAAGGAAUUCAGGAUUGCCGGAUGGAUCAGGAAAGCUAGAAGCCAAUGUCUAUGUUUUUAGCUAGUGCUGGUUGAUAGCAUACAAUGCAACAGGAUUGUAUGGCUUGAUCGAAUAGUACAACGAACGAAUAAAACCCACGGUCAAUUUUGAGUUGAAAGAUGCACGCGUGAUGUAAUUUUGUCUGUUUUUAGUUAAGUUAAAGCAGGUUGUUA